CGCGAUCGUGCGACUCUACCCGUGAGCAAUCUCCCAACUCAUGUCUGGUAAAUAAUCCGCAAUAAUCCGUCGCCAUGGCGGACGCUGCGGCAAGACAACUUCAAUAUGAAUAUAAAGCGAAUUCCAAUCUCGUUUUACAAGCUGACGUACGAUUGAUAGAACGUCGGAGUAGAGAUGAAGCCACGGGAGAAGUUAUGUCCCUUGUGGGCAAGCUUGACGGCACUCGGAUGGGCGAUAGAGCCCAACGUACCAAACCGGGAAAGGCUGAAGAACGUAAAGCGAAGCGACAAAAGCGUGAUGAAGCGCAAUAUGAUUUUGCAAGAAUGAAAGGGGCUACAUUACUUUCGGAAGGAGUCGAUGAAAUGGUCGGUAUUGUUUAUCGACCAAAAACACAGGAAACUCGGCAGACUUAUGAAGUACUGCUCAGUUUUAUUCAAGAAGCCUUAGGUGAUCAGCCUCGUGACAUUUUAUGCGGCGCGGCUGAUGAGGUUUUAGCAGUACUAAAAAAUGACAGAUUGAAAGAGAAAGAAAAGAAAAAAGAAACGGAAAUGUUACUCGGCACAUUAGCAGAGGAAAGAUUCGCACUUCUGGUAAAUCUUGGGAAAAAGAUAACGGACUUUGGAAGCGACGAGAAGAGUACAACUAACGAGGAGAAUAUUGAUGAAACAUAUGGGAUUAAUGUACAAUUUGAAGAGAGUAGCGAAGAAGACGACGAAGAUGUUUAUGGAGAAGUAAGAGACAAUGAUGAGGACGGGGAUGAAGGUGAAGAAGCUAAUGACGAUCGAGCUAUACAUGCUGAAAAUCUUGGAGGUGCAGAAGAAAUGAAGAAAGAGAAGCCACUGCACCCGUUAGACAUAGAUGCCUAUUGGUUGCAGCGAAGACUCAGUAGAAUAUAUGACGACGCAAUGGUUUCCCAAGCAAGAGCUGCCGAAGUGCUUGCAGUUCUCAGAGACGCUGGAGAUGACCGUGACUGUGAAAAUCAACUAGUUCUUUUACUCGGAUACGACUGCUUCGAUUUCAUUAAACAGCUAAAGAAAUAUCGACACAUGAUCGCAUACUGUACGAUGUUGGCGUCUUCACAAUCUGACUCGGAACGGCAAAAGAUCCGUAACAAAAUGAACGACGAUCCCAGUUUAGCGAAGAUUCUCCGGCAACUGGACACAGGCAAAGGAGACGAUGACGCAGAUGAAACCAUGGAAGCAAGAGCUCAACGUAAAAGAAGAGAAGAGAACGAGGACACCGGAGGUCCUGGGGGCCAGGUACAAGGAACAAGAAACAUAAUAGACCUGGAGGACUUAAUAUUCGCCCAAGGAAGUCACUUCAUGGCCAACAAACGAUGUCAGCUGCCAGACGGUAGCUUCAGAAAACAACGAAAAGGCUACGAAGAAGUCCACGUCCCAGCCUUGAAACCAAAGCCCUUCGCUGAGAAUGAAAAGUUACAUCCUAUCGAUCAACUGCCUAAAUAUGUACAACCAGCAUUCGAAGGAUUCAAAACAUUAAAUAGGAUCCAGAGUAGAUUGCACUACGCAGCAUUGGAGAGCGAUGAGAACCUCCUGCUUUGUGCACCCACAGGUGCUGGUAAAACUAACGUAGCAUUACUGUGCAUGAUGCGAGAGAUAGGAAAGCACAUAAACGACGACGGGACGAUCAAUGCUGAUGAGUUUAAAAUUAUAUAUGUGGCUCCGAUGCGCUCCCUGGUGCAAGAAAUGGUAGGAAACUUCGGUAAAAGGCUGGCAACGUACAACCUAACGGUAUCCGAAUUAACGGGUGAUCAUCAGCUAACAAGGGAGCAGAUAGCCGCGACCCAGGUAAUAGUAUGCACCCCGGAGAAGUGGGACAUAAUAACCAGGAAGGGGGGCGAGAAGACGUUCACCUCGCUGGUGAGGCUGGUGAUAAUCGAUGAGAUCCAUCUGCUGCACGACGAGCGAGGACCCGUCCUGGAGGCCCUCGUCGCCAGGACGAUCAGGAACAUCGAGACGACCCAGGAAGACGUCCGUCUGGUCGGCCUCUCCGCUACCUUGCCAAACUACCAGGACGUAGCUGCGUUUCUACGGAUAAAAACGGACACUGGACUCUACUACUUCGACAACAGCUUCCGACCCGUCGCCCUGGAGCAGCAGUAUAUCGGCGUCACGGAAAAGAAGGCGCUGAAGAGGUUCCAGGUGAUGAACGAGAUCGUCUACGAGAAGACUAUGGAACACGCGGGAAGGAACCAGGUCCUCGUGUUCGUGCACUCCCGGAAGGAGACCGGGAAGACGGCUAGAGCUAUCAGAGACAUGUGCUUGGAGAAAGACACGCUGGGACAGUUCCUCAGGGAAGGGUCGGCGUCGAUGGAGGUCCUCAGGACGGAAGCUGAGCAGGUGAAGAACCAGGAGCUGAAGGAUCUGCUGCCUUACGGGUUCGCUAUCCAUCAUGCCGGCAUGACCAGGGUCGACCGAACCCUGGUCGAGGAUCUAUUCGCCGAUAGGCAUAUCCAGGUCCUCGUGUCGACGGCCACGUUGGCUUGGGGUGUGAACUUGCCGGCUCACACCGUUAUUAUCAAGGGCACCCAGGUUUAUAAUCCUGAAAAGGGUAGAUGGGUAGAAUUGGGUGCUCUGGACGUUUUGCAGAUGCUGGGUCGAGCUGGUCGACCGCAGUAUGAUACCAAAGGCGAAGGCAUCCUGAUAACCAAUCACAGCGAGCUCCAGUAUUACCUGUCUCUGUUGAACCAGCAGCUGCCCAUCGAGUCGCAGCUCAUCAGUAAGAUGUCCGACAUGCUGAACGCGGAGAUAGUGUUAGGCACUAUUCAGAACAUCAGGGAUGCGGUUACUUGGCUCGGUUACACGUAUUUGUACAUCCGGAUGCUGAGGUGUCCGAACCUUUACGGGAUCAGCUACGACAAGCUCAAGGAAGAUCCUCUGCUGGAGCUGCACCGAGCCGACUUGAUCCAUUCCGCUGCAAUCGCUCUCGAUCGCAGUGGGCUCAUCAAGUACGACCGCAAGUCCGGAAACUUCCAGGCCACCGAGCUGGGAAGAAUCGCCUCCCAUUAUUAUUGCACCCACGAGACCAUGUCGACGUACAACCAACUUCUGAAGAGGACGCUGAGCGAGAUAGAGCUCUUCAGGGUGUUCUCCCUGUCGGGGGAGUUCAAGAAUAUCAAUGUCAGAGAGGAGGAGAAGCUGGAGCUGCAGAAGCUCAUGGAGAGGGUGCCGAUCCCCAUCAAGGAGAGCAUCGAGGAACCUAGUGCCAAGGUCAACGUGCUUCUUCAGGCCUACAUCUCCCAGCUGAAGCUGGAAGGGUUCGCCUUGAUGUCGGACAUGGUCUUCGUGACGCAAUCGGCGUCCAGACUCAUGAGAGCCAUCUUCGAGAUCGUCUUGUUCCGGGGCUGGGCCCAGCUGGCGGACAAGUGUCUUUCCCUGUGCAAGAUGAUAGACCGUAGGAUGUGGCAGUCCAUGUCUCCUCUGAGGCAAUUCCGGAAAAUGCCCGAAGAGAUCGUUAAGAAGAUAGAGAAGAAGAACUUCCCCUGGGAGAGGCUAUACGACCUGGGGCCCAACGAGAUCGGGGAACUCAUCAGGGUCCCUAAACUCGGUAAGACCAUUCACAAGUACAUUCAUCAGUUUCCGAAGUUGGAGCUCUCCACGCACAUCCAGCCAAUCACGAGGAGCACCCUGAGGGUGGAGCUGACUAUUACUCCGGAUUUCCAAUGGGACGAGAAGGUGCACGGUGCCUCGGAAGCCUUCUGGAUCCUCGUGGAGGACGUCGACUCCGAGGUCAUCCUUCACCACGAGUACUUCCUGCUGAAAGCCAAGUACGCCGCGGACGAGCACCUCAUCAAGUUCUUCGUUCCAGUGUUCGAGCCGCUGCCCCCUCAGUACUUCCUCAGGGUCGUGUCGGACCGCUGGAUCGGCGCCGAGACCCAACUUCCGGUCAGCUUCCGGCAUUUAAUCCUGCCCGAGAAGAACUUGCCACCCACGGAGCUCCUGGACCUGCAGCCUCUCCCCAUCACCGCCCUCCGUAACUCGAAAUUCGAGAACCUCUACUCGGAUAAGUUCCCCCAGUUCAAUCCUAUCCAGACCCAGGUCUUCAACGCGGUGUAUAAUUCCGAUGAUAACGUGUUUAUCGGAGCCCCAACAGGGUCGGGGAAGACGACGAUAGCAGAGUUUGGAGUGCUCAGACUUCUCAUGCAGAACCCUGAAGGGAGGUGCGUCUACAUGGUCAGCAAGGAGGCUCUUGCGGAGCUCGUGUAUCAGGAUUGGUUCUUCAAGUUCGGUCAGCUGUUGGGGAGGAAAGUCGUCCUGCUGACUGGCGAGACCGGGACGGACUUGAAACUCCUGGCCAAGGGACAGAUCAUCAUAACGACCGCGGAUAAGUGGGACGUUCUAUCUCGGAGAUGGAAACAGAGGAAGAACGUGCAGAACAUCCAGCUCUUCAUCGUUGACGAGUUACAGCUGAUCGGCGGCGAGGAGGGGCCCGUCCUGGAAGUGGCUUGCUCCAGGGCGAGGUACAUCUCCUCCCAGCUGGACAAGCCCACCAGAAUCAUUGCCUUGUCGGCUUCCUUGGCAGAUGCCAAAGACACCGCCCAGUGGCUGGGUGCUCCUGCUUCGGCAACCUUCAACUUCCACCCUUCGGUCAGGCCCAUUCCCCUGGAACUCCACGUCCAGGGGGUGAACAUCACCCACAAUGCGUCCCGUCUGGCAGCCAUGGCGAAGCCUGUGUACAAUGCGAUCUUAAGACACGCGCCACAUAAGCCCGUUAUCAUUUUUGUGCCUACCAGAAGGCAGGCCAGGAUGACCGCGAUAGAUCUGCUUACUUUCGCCGCUGCAGAGGGUCAGCCGUCGAAGUUCUUCCAUGCCGAGGAGUCGGACAUCAAGCCCUUCCUGGACAGAAUGGCGGAUAAGACCCUGAAGGAGACCCUGUCUCAAGGUGUAGCUUACCUGCACGAAGGCCUUUCCGCCGAUGAUAGGCACCUGGUGGAGCAGCUCUUCGAGAGCGGGGCCAUCCAGGUUGCCGUGGCCACGAGGGACCUCUGCUGGGGUCUGUCCAUCAGCUCCCACCUGGUCGUGGUGAUGGACACCCAGUGCUACAACGGGAAGACCCAUGCCUACGAGGACUACCCCAUAACCGACGUCCUUCAGAUGGUGGCUCGUGCCAACAGACCCCUGGAGGACGACGACGCCAAGUGCGUCCUGCUCUGCCAGAGCUCAAAGAAGGACUUCUUCAAGAAGUUCCUCAACGAGCCGCUACCGGUUGAGAGCCACCUGGACCAUAGACUCCACGACCACUUCAACGCGGAGAUCGUCACCAAGACCAUCGAGAACAAGCAGGACGCGGUGGAUUAUCUCACCUGGACCUUCCUUUAUAGAAGGCUCACCCAGAACCCUAAUUACUACGGACUUCAGGGAGUGACUCACAGACAUCUUUCGGACCAUUUGUCGGAACUUGUAGAGAGCACCCUGGGCGACCUGGAGCAGGCCAAGUGCGUCGCGGUGGAGGACGAGAUGGACACGGUGCCGCUCAACCUGGGCAUGAUCGCUGCCUACUAUUAUAUAAACUACGCCACCAUCGAGCUCUUCAGCUUGUCCCUCAACAAUAAGACCAAGAUCAGGGGCCUGCUGGAGAUCAUCUCCGCGGCCGCGGAGUACGAGACCAUCCCUGUUAGGCAAAGGGAGGAGAACUUGCUGAGGAGCUUGGCGGCCAGACUGCCGCACGCUCCCCAGGUCACCAGGAUGGCGGAUCCGCACGUAAAGGCCCAGCUCUUGUUGCAGGCGCAUCUCUCCAGGAUACAGCUGGGCCCUGAGUUGCAGAAGGACACGGAACUCGUCCUCGGCAAGGCUGUUCGCCUGAUCCAGGCGUGCGUGGAUGUCCUUAGCUCUUCGGGGUGGCUUGCUCCUGCCGUAGCCGCCAUGGAGCUGGCCCAGAUGGUCACCCAGGCGAUGUGGUCCAAGGACUCGUACCUGAAGCAGCUGCCGCAUUUCACCAGCGAGACCAUCAAGAGGUGCACCGAUAAGGGCGUGGAGACCGUCUUUGACGUCAUGGAGCUAGAAGAUGACGAUCGUAACAGGCUCCUGCAGCUGACCGAUGCUCAGAUGGCCGACGUCGCCAAGUUCUGCAACAGGUAUCCUAACAUAGAGAUGUCCUACGAGGUCCAGGAUAAAGAUAAGCUGCACAGCGGGGGCACCGUCAACGUCAUCGUUCAGCUCGAGAGGGAAGAUGAGAUCACCGGUCCGGUUGUCGCACCCUUCUUCCCGCAGAAGAGGGAGGAGGGCUGGUGGGUCGUCAUCGGGGAUCCUAAGAGCAACUCCUUACUCUCCAUUAAACGACUCACGCUCCAGCAGAAGGCGAAAGUCAAGCUGGACUUUGUCGCUCCUGCUCCUGGACAACACUCGUAUACUUUGUACUUUAUGAGCGACGCUUAUCUCGGAUGCGACCAGGAAUAUAAAUUCACCAUCGGCGUCGGGGAGUACGAGUCCGAUGUCAGCUCCGGAUCCGAAUCGGACUGAAGAUAAGGUGGACUGAGUGUUGGAUAUGCAUUUUGUACAAUUUUCUACCCUUCCGGAGGAUAGACUCUGCGACUUCCGGGGCCCUUCAAGAGGAGGGAAUUUUUCUACCCCAGGAGUGGAAAAUGUAAUUUAAUUUAAGUGUACAGCCGUCCCUCAAUUUACCCUGAGUACCCGUUUAGAGCGAGUGAAAAUCGCGGCGCGUAGAGUCUGUCGGUGCAAAGAAAAAAAAAUAUUGGAAAGACAAACCGCGUAAAUUGUGUUUUAAUUUACCGCGUAAAUUGAGGGAGGGGUGUAGUUAGACGUGGGUAUCAAAGACAUUUCUGUUAUCAAGUUAGAUCGUCCUGAAAUGUGACCGACUAUGUACAAAUCCACCCCCAGAAGAAUUCCCAGUUAUAACUGAAAGGGAAAUUUUACUCGAAAUCGAAUUUCGAUUUUACAUUCAGGAUAAUUGAAUUACAUUUUCCGGGCCACUGCGAGUAAACUCGGAUUGCUUGCAACUAAUUCUGCCUCGUUUUUUUUUUUUUUUCUGAAGAAUUAUCUGGGCAGAUAGACGAUAGAGUUUCUGUAUUUUAUUAGUAAUAUCGAUAACAGUAAAACCGAGGUACCUAUUCGUUAACAAAGUAUUGUAAUUAUCGACGGUCAAUCGGCGUAUUAAUUAUAACGAUUUCUCGGGAAUGUA